AUGUCUUUAUUAACAUCUAUUAUUGACAAAUUCGCUUUAUCAUGCACUAAAGACAACGAAAUCGGUGAGCAAAAUCAUGAUUUGUAUGAUCUUGUCUUCGAUUAUUUUAUCUCCUCCGAUAUUGUCGAGCAUUUUACUCACGCGAUUCGUCAACUUGAUACAACAUCGCCGCUAGAUGAGAGUUCUCAAUGGCUAUUGAUCACUGGUUUUAAUGCAGCGAUGGACAUUGGAUAUUAUGAUAAUAAACAUCGCGACAGGUUCUGUGAGUUUUGGUUACCAAAGUAUGAAGUCUUAUUGCAAGAAUUCAUCGAGAGUUUAUCAUUACAUGCAAUUAAAUAUAUUUUAUCGAGUUUGAUUCAAAUCCAAAUCACGAUCGAGAAUUUAGCAGAGAAUUUUAUGAGACAAGAACUAGAAUUUUGUAAUUUGCAACAGAACAGCGAGUACUUAUCCAUCAUUCAAACGGUUCUGCCGCUGAUAAUCAAGGAAAAUUUCCUUCAAAAUUUACACGCUGAUGAUUAUUCGCAAAUCGAUCUCCGGUGGGAUGCGGAUGUCGAACAAAUGACAUCAUCAUUCAUAUCUUGGUUGAUAUUCAAGAUUCUGUUAAUGUUCACCAAUACAGAUGGAGAUUGUUUCACAAUGGUCAAACGCAAUUUAGUUAUCAAAAACAUUCUCUUUGGAGCAGCUCAGCUAAUCGAUGAUCAACAUCCGGUGAAACUUGCUCUUCGUGUUAUUAUUGUUUCGAUAAUUAAUGAAAGUGAAAUACAAAAUCCAAAAGAAACUAUUGAUAUACUAAUUGAAAACAUCAAGAAAAUCAAUUAUUUACAUGGGAAUAAGUCUUCGUUUAGCAACAAUGGAGUCUACGAUAUUGAACUAUUGAUUGGUCUGAAGGGUUUUUUACAAUACAAUCAAGUGCAGAAUGUCUUUCUAGAAAAGGAAAAUUUGGAUUUAUUGAUUGUAUUAGUCGAACCGUUAUUUUCACCGGUAGAAAUUGAAUUCGAGGGAAACGAAAAGAUCGAUGAUGAUUUAACACCGAGUAAAGAAUCCACUAUGAAUGCCACUCAAGCUUCAAGUGAAACGACACCAAACGACGAUGCUGAACUCAAUAGUUUAUUAAAAGAUAUGGCAUUGAUCGCUCUAGAAUGUCUUCAUCUAAUGUUAUUCAAUCAAGAAGCAAAGACAAUAAUCAGAGAUCACACUGAAUUCGUAUUAUUUAUUCGUGAAAUAGAAGCGUAUGGAAGAGUUAGAAAGACCAUCGACGGUUUCCUCUGGAAGUUAGAUGAAGAAGAUGAAACUCAAAACGAGGAAGAAAACAAUCGAUUUGAUUUAAUGAUUAGUUAUGAUGAGGAUCACGAUAGUUCAUUGGUAGAAAAUAUUUAUAAAUAUUUAAUAGAGCAUUAUGAUUAUCGAAUUUCAUUCGACGAACAAUCAAUGCCCAGUUCAAGAUGUCAGGCCAUUGUUGACUCUCAAUGUGUGCUUCUAUGUGUGUCUGAAACAUAUAAAAGCGAUCCAAACUGUCGAAUGGAAGUUGAACAUGCACGAAAUCGAAACAAACGAUUGAUUCCUUUCGUUCUUAAGCAAACUAUAUUUGAUGGUUGGCUGGGAUCGAUUUGUACUAAUUCACGUCGUAUAGAUUCAGUCGAGCAUGACUUCGACAAAUCUGUUCGCUUGUUGAUAGAUGAAAUUCAACAACAAAGAUUAAUAGAAUUUUUAUCUCAAUCGAAAUCUCAACUUGAACAAAUACACAUUUCAUCGGAUACGGAUUACAGAGCAAUUAGUUCAAUUGAAUCAUGGACGAAUCAAGAUGUCCAACAUUUCCUCUAUGACAAUAAAUUAGAUGUAAUGGUUUUAUUAACCGAACAAAUGAAUGGCGAAGAUCUGCGUCAAUUAUUUGAUAGAUGCCAAAUAGAUGAUGACUAUUGGGCAGGAUUCGAUCGAUUAAAUCAAGAAUUAGAGAAACGAUUCCAACAGGUAUUGCCCAUCUCGGUUUAUAUACGGUUUUUAAAUCGAAUACGAAAGUAUAUUACUGUUUCAAUGUUUUGA